GCGGAAGCUAUGUAUUCCCCCAAAUUCCAAGCGACGGCAACCCCGACGACGACGCCGAGGGAGCCCUAGCUACACGCCCUCACCGCCGGCCAUCAACCGCCUCCUCCGCUGCUACUUCCCUCGCCGUGUUCGCCGUCGCCAAGUUGAUCGACCGCGUCACCUCCACCGCUCUUGUCGAUCCCCGACUCGCCCUCGCCCUCGCCCUCGCGAUCUGCCAGCGGAUUCAGGAACGAUCAGUCACGGUGUAUGUGACCCUCGAUUCAUCAUGCCGUCGCAAGCACUGUGAUUUCAGUGAAGGUGAUUUUGCGGGACUACAGAUAGAGGAUGAUCCCACUCCUAGACUACUUAGUCGAUAUAUAUCUGACACGGGACUGUAUGUUACUUUAAUGGCUACUUACAAGAGCGGUGUGUUCCCCUCGUCAUACGAGAUUUUAUUUCCUGAACAAGAAGAGGAGGCAUGCAAGAUGGUGGAAAUAGCACUGCACGCAUAUGCCAAGCAAAAAGAUAUGCCGCCUGCCAAGUUAGAAAUUAUGAAAGUGAAAGAAAGGAGUCUUUUUGAAGAAUGUGGGAAAGUAUAUGCACACUUUAACUUUCUGGUGAUCAAUGAUUCAGAUGGCACUCGUACUUUGUUCUUUGCUGAGGUGGAUUUUCUCAACUGCAAAGAGGAGAAGGACGUCUACCUGUGCUGUCCUUUGGAAGAGAAUGACAAUGGUUAUUGUUUUGGGUGCCGAGUGCAGCAUAUAAAACUUAGGCGUCCUACUUCUGCUGACUAUUUGGGUGGCCACAAGGAUAUCUGUUCUGAAUAUAUAGAUGUAGAGUAUUGUUUUGAUGACUAUUGACUAAUAUUAAUGUACCUACUUAUAACAGAUUAGUUUCAGAAUCACCCGCAAGUAGAAAGGUUGUGUUGCUGAACGUUUUCUCGGAUGGGCUUUAGCAAAGCGGCAUGUAAUUUAUGUUCUGUGUAGGUUCUACUCUGGAACGGUGCUACAAUAUUGUGAUGUACACUGUAUGCUUUUGUAUAACAAUUAAUAACUCAUUAAUUAACUUAUAGUACUAUAAAUCA